AUGCAAAAGAUGAUGAUGCGAUUGCCGCAGCUUUGGCCAACCCGGGUCCGACGCGUCAAAUCAUCCAUUGGAGCCACAGCUGACCGCACCAGCACGUUCAGCAUGUCGCACCGGUCGUUGACCGCGGCAACAGCAGCCUCACCGCUCUUUAGGCCGUCCACCAUCGGCCCGCGGAUAGCUUCUCCGUCAUCAUCAUCACCAGCAGUUAUUAGCGCCGCAGCUGCAGCCGCCUCCGCCGCUGCUGCUGCUGCUGCGCCUGUAACCCUCAGUCCCAGCUACCCUGGUACGCCAUCUUCGCGUCUUACUCCUGGCCCUGGUCGCCUGCAUCAGACCUUCACUCCAAGCCGCCAUAGCACACCUCCUUCGGACCUGUUGGCGCCCAGCGCCGCCCAGUGGUACGGCGUCAGUACGGCAUCAACAAUUUGUAAAGAUGCCGACAUGGUGGACGGCGCCGACAGCUGCAGUAGCAGCAACCCGGAGACCGCCGGCAGUAUCUCGUCCAGUAACCCGAAAUCUCCAAGGAAACGUGGUACCGCCGGCGCCGGAUCCAGGGCGACCCGCGGUACGACGGGCUCCGAAACCAGGAGCAGCGCUGCGGACAAGUCGUACAAGACUGAAGCGGUCAUGACUCCCGAGGCGGCCGUCUACUGGCGGAGGGCCAUGGAGGCGAUUGAUCGUCCCGGUCUGGGCCUGUUGUUGGGCUCCCUAGAGUGGGACCACCCUCUGGGGGUGAGCAGCCGGCGAGCCCGGGGCCGGGUGCAGUGCUACGACAGCUUCCUGGCGGCCAAGAGGAAACACCCCACAGCGGUGGUGCUGGUGCGGAUUGGCGAGUUCUACGAGGCGGUGGGUUUUGACGCGCUCGUCCUGUGCCAGUACGGCGGUCUCAACCCCAUGUCCCCCCACACGGGGGUGGCGGAGGCGGGAUUCCCCCGGGCCGCUAAUAGCCUGCGCCGACAGCUCAACAGACUGAUAGGGGCGGGCUUCACAGUGGCCAUGGUGGAGGAAGUACGGGAGGUACGGCGCUCCGGAAGUGCCGUACCCUUCAAGGAGCGCAAGCUUGUGGCCGUUGUCAGCUCAUCCUCGCCGUACUACCUGUACGGCGACGUGGAGGACGAGUACGAGGGGGACGACACGCCCUUGCCUAAACCCAUUAUGGGCAUCAGUGUACCCAGUUCCGGGGGGUAUCGGCUGAUGCGCUACUGCCCGCAGCGCCGUACGGUGCAGGUGCUGUCACAGCUGAGUACGGAAGCCCUGGUGUCGUACCUUCACGCUACGGGGGUGGCCCAACCGCUGAGGCUGCACACCAGCGUCCGGGAGCGGGAGAAGAUGGAAGGGAGGGGUCCACCGCUGGCCCGCGUCCUGUCGUCGUUGUUGGGUACGACAGUGGAGGAGUACGGCAUUGGCGCGGGUUCCGACUACGGCAUCGGAACGCCUGCACGCCCCAGCCCCACCCACCGAUCUUCCCGUGUUAACAGCGGUUUUGAUGACGUGUCGGGUUUUAAGCGCGUCGUUGCGGCAACGCUGGGUUUGGAUCCAGACGGACUGGAGGCGAUAGAUUCCGUCCCCUUCGCCUACGAGUCUUCCCCCUCCCCCUCCCCCGCCUCCCCCUAUAACGCCGGCUCUAUCGGCAGCGUCGCCCCCCUGCCGCCGUCACUCUCCACAGCGACCCAGCUCGGGCUGGCCGGCGCCCGCGGCGUACCCUCCCUCCUCUCCGCCGCGCUGCCGGAGGGAACACCCGCCCUCGCGCGCGAGUGGCUGCGGCGGCUGCUGCUGCUGCCGCCGCCGCCCACCGUGGCUGAGGACAUCCGGGCCGUGUGUAUGCAGCUGGCGGGGAGCGGGGAGGACGCGCUGCCGCUGCCGCCGCCGCUGGUGACGUCGGUGCCGGGGCCGCGGAUAGCGGCGCUGCUCGGGGAGGGGGCUGCCGGACACAACACACUGCGGGACCUCCGAACCAUGCUCAUCCGGGUUUCGGAGCUGCUCUCUCUACCCGGUCCCAGGGCCCGUGUGAUGCACUGCGCAUUGGGGGGCGUGCUGGAGUGGUCGCUGAAUGUGGGGGCGGGGCUGACGUGGGCUCAGGUCCCGGCGCACGUCUUCGCCGCGCACUGUACGGCAGCGGCUGAUGCCAUUGCCCAGGUCGUACCACCCCUCCUGGCGGCUAAUGAUCCGGGCUCCCUGGAGUCUUCAGGAGCUGAAAAAGAUGACGACUGCUCGGAUGGAGAGAGGUACGGGGCUUUGAGUGACUCCUAUUUAGGCAGCCUGGAGGACUCCGACGACCUGUCGCUGGGGGCCCAGGACGGCGGGGAAACAGAAAGUGCCGGCGGCACCGCCGCCGCCACCAGCCUGUCGGCGGUGUUGUUGCCGUACAUAAUGGCGUCGAUGGCAGGUGCUGGAACGGCCGCCGCCCCCGCUACCGGUCCUUCCCAGUCAAAAUCAUCUUCUUAUCUUACCGCCCAAAUGAGUUUUUUGAGGCGCCGCGCCUGGGGGGCCCUGGGGGUGCUGGUGGAGAGAAUGGAGAAAUUUAGACUGGCUGUACGGGAGGAGAGAAUGCAGGCGGCCGUGGACAAGGUAUCCUCCUGUCGUGCAGAGCUGGUGGCCGCUCUCGUGGAGCUGGUCUCGGCGCUGGAGGCGGGGGGUGCGGGGAAUAAUGCAGAUGUACGACUGGCAGCGCACGACGACGCGGUGUGGGCCCGAUUGUCCACCUUCGCCGGGGGAGUGGGGCGAAGGAAGAUGCCAGCAGCGCAGCAACGGUCGGUGGUUGAGGCUGUACGGCGGGCUAGCGGCCUCGAACUGAUCCACCCGCUCAACCGCAAGCGGGGGGUGGAAGGGGACAGGUACAGCAGUGUACGGCUGGAAGCUGCGGCGGCCGAUUACCGCCUCGCUGUGGAUCUGGCUGAGAAGGAGGCCCGUCGAGUCCUCCGGGAGCUCUGCAGCCACCUGCAUGGAGCUGGAACUGCUGGAGGUGGAGGAGCCCCCCACCACCUCAUGACGUUGCUGGCGGCUGCCGAGCUGUCCGUCGCCUUCACGGCGCUGGAGCGGCACGUGGCACGAACCAAGCAGGCGGGAUGGAACUGGCCAGCCAUGCCUGCCGUACACUCGUUGUCGCCUUCGCCCUCGCAGCCAGAGGCGCAAGGCACGGGCGUGUCAGGGAGCGUGUCGGGUUUUGGUGAUGUACGGCUGUGUCUUCCGGGUUUGUGGCCGUACUGGAUGGACAAGCGGGGGGCGGUGGCCAAUGACAUCAGUCUGGCAGCCGGCAGAAUGGCGCUCCUAACUGGGCCGAAUAUGGCGGGUAAAUCCACAGUCCUUCGCAGUGUCGCUGCAGCCGCCCUGCUCGCCACUUGCGGUCUCUCAGUACCGGCGGGGCCAGCUGGGGGGGGGAGGACGGCAAACACACACACCACCGACCACGUGCAAUGCACCGAGGAUGUGACGUCAUCUUGGAGCUCACCUGGAGCCUCCCCCUCCCCCUCCUCCCCCCCCUCCACUGACUUCUUCGUACCCUGGCUGAGCCACGUGUCCCUCCGCAACUUCAGCGGUGACUCCCCCCUGGAGGGGAAGAGCGCAUUUGCCGUGGAAAUGGAGGAUACAGCCCACACUUUGGCAGUGGCCCAAUCUGCUGGUCCCCGCUGUCUCGUACUCCUGGACGAGCUAGGCAAGGGUACGGAGGUGGUUUCGGGGUCCGCCUUGGCGGCCGCGGUGGUGGAGCAGCUGGUGACGGCGGGGGUGGCGGGGGUGUUUGCCACGCACCUGCACGACCUCGCCUACCUGCUGAGACCUCUGCAGCAGGCGGGCCGGCUGGAGUACUGGGCGAUGCAGGUGGCGGAGGCGCCGCCGGCGGCGGCGGCGGCGGCAACCUCAACGGCGGCGUCGCUGCCGCUGCCGCUUCAGCUUCAGCCCACUCGUCGUGUGUUGGUGGGCCAGACUUGUCUUCGCAGCCUGGCGCUGCAGGUGGCGGCGGCGUGUGGGAUGCAGGCGGAUGUGUUGGCGGCGGCGGCGAGGUACGAGACACUGCUGAGCGACGUGAUGCAGCGCGUCAGGCAGAGCAUGUACGGCGACAUGUAUGACAGCACGUACGGCGGCGUUGGUGUGGCGGAACGCUUGGACAUGACAAGGGUGAUGUCAGGAUCGGAGUCAGCCAGGGACCGAAUGCUGCGGCUAGGCGGCGCCGCCGCCGGCAUUGCUGUACAAGAGGACGAGCCGGCGGCAGCGGCUGUCCGGGACCAAGAGUCUCUGGGAAGCCGUACAAGUGGGGACCUGGCGGCGGAAGCGCCGUCGUUGUACGACUGGCAGCGUACGGCCAUCUCAACGGCGACGGCGACGGCCACCGCCGCCGCCGUGCAGGAAAACAUCUUUGACGGCGACGGUCCUUGCCCCCCGCGGGCCGCUGCCGCGGUGCUGCUCCUCCCCGCGGCGGAGAUGUUGCGGGAGGCAGUACGGCGGGCGAUGGCGGCGGCGGGGGGUGGACCCAUCGGUCCGGAUGCAGGUCAGCUCCACUGGGUGCGGCCGGAGUGGCGACCAGCCCCGGGGCACGUGGGGGAGGCCGUGGUGUACAUACUGCUCCGGCUAGCAGGAUGCGGCAAGCGCAACGCCACCAGCCUGCACUGCGUCUACUCUGUGAUACCUCGGAGUGCGGGGGGUAAGAGCGCGGCGUUGGACGUGGAGGCGGAGCUCAUAGGGCGGCUGCAGAGGGAGGGCUGGGAGCUCAAGUCCGACCACGACAAGAAGCGGGACGGACUGCACCGGCCGCAGCUGCCCGUGCAGACGUAG